CAUUUUGAGAUAUUCCUCCGUCUUUUGGAGUGAUUUCAUUAGGGUUCUUCUUCGUUUAACAUCGUUGUCUCUACCAAAUAAGCUAAUGGGUGACAAGAAGAAGGCUGGCGCUCUAUUCGUGAGGCUUGUUUCAACUGCUGGAACUGGAUUUUUCUAUGUGAAGAAGAAGACCAAAGCACUUAUAACAAAUCAGACGAAGCUUGAAUUUAGAAAGUUUGAUCCUCGUGUGAAUUGUCAUGUUCUGUUCAAGGAAGAAAAAAUGAAGUGAUGCAAACGCCAAACUUGGGCCAAAUCUUCUUUUUACUGUUAGCUUUCAUUUCUGCCGCAGCCAGUAGUGAAAUUAGACAAUAGGACCUUUGGCUCACUUGUUCUACAACAACAAAGUUUGUUUAUUUUUAUUUAUGCAAUUCUCUGAAUUCGUUCGUGAUCAUGUUGAAUGAAACAUAGUUUUUGAUCAUA